GAUGCGGCGCGCGGCGGGGUAGGGGUCGGUGCGGCGCGCGCGCUCUCCGCAGCCAUGAAGUACAAGAACCUUAUGGCAAGAGCCCUGUACGAUAAUGUCCCCGAAUGUGCAGAAGAGCUGGCCUUCCGCAAAGGAGACAUUCUGACAGUGAUAGAACAGAAUACUGAAGGUCUUGAAGGAUGGUGGCUCUGCUCCUUACAUGGCCGGCAAGGCAUCGUUCCAGGCAACCGUGUGAAACUGCUGAUAGGUCCAGUGGUACAGGACAGUCCUUCUGGCCAGGAUAUGUCCAAUUCAGGAUUGAUGCAUCAGUCCUUCAACCAGCAAAAGAUCUACCAAGUGCCAAGUUCACAUGCCUCAGCACGGGAUCCUGUCUACCAAGUGCCACCUUCACAUCUGAAUCAGGGAAUUUACCAAAUACCCACUGGUCAUGGUCUAGUAGGACAAGAUACUUACCAGGUGCCACCCUCCAUGCAGAGAUGUAUUGAUGGUCCAGCUUUGACUAACAAGGUAAUAACUCCAGUCAGGUCAGGACAAGGUUAUGUUUAUGAAUUCCCCUCCAAAUACCAGAAGGACACCUACGAUAUCCCCCCUGUUCGUCCUCUCCAAGGGAUAUAUGACAUUCCCCCCACAUCGGUUAAGGGGCCUGCACUGCCAGUUCCCAUGGGAGAAGCAAAAGCUUUAGGAGUCUAUGACAUACCACCUGCCAAAGGGGUCUAUGCUACACCUCCAUCUGCAUGCCGGGAUGAUACAGGCCUGAGGGAAAAUUUGCAGGAUUUUCCACCUCCAGUGGGCCACAGUGUAAGACCAGAAGGAGUAUAUGAUAUUCCUCCUCCCAUCACCAAAGCAACUGGGAAAGAACUUAAUAAAUUUUCUCCUGAGAGCCUUUUAUUGCCAGAUGGAGUGCUGCAGAAACAGAAUGUUUAUGACAUCCCAGUAAACCAUCAAAACCAUUUUCUUGGACUGCAAAUUGCACCUCAAAAAGAUGUUUAUGAUACCCCAAGGGGUACUGCAUUCCUGGGACAGCAGACAGGACUUGGUGAAAGUCUCAUCCCAGAAGGAAGAGAAGGUGUAUAUGAUGUGCCACCAUCCGUCCUCCAAGACACUAAAGGCUUACAGGAUGUGACUGAUGGGAUAAAUAGGUUGUCUUUCUCCAGCACAGGAAGUACAAGGAGCAACAUGUCCACAUCUUCAACAACAUCAAAAGACUCUUCUUUCUCACCAUCAUCUGCACAGGACAAAAGACUAAUCCUCGAUCCAGACACUGCUAUAGAGAGGCUGUAUCGCCUCCAGCAGAUGGUGGAGACAGCUGUCAAUAACCUCCUGGCCUUCAUUACAGCAGACUGGCGGUCUUAUGGAUAUAUGGAGAAACACAUCAAUGAAAUUCACACAGCUGUGGAUAAGGUAGAGCAGUCACUGUUGGAGUACCUCCAGUUUGCGAAAGGAUCAGCAGCCAACGCUUCCUGCCUAUCCGAGUUCAGCCUCCUUAACAAAAUGAGGAGGGAAGUGCAAAGGCUGGAAGACUCUCACCAGAUCCUUACCCAAACCAGUCACGACUUGAACAGCUACAACUGGUCUUUGAAUGUUCUGGCUGUCAACAGACUGCAGAACAAGUGCGAUGACCUGGAUCGGUUUGUUAUGGUGGCAAGGACAGUCCCAGAUGAUGCCAAGCAGCUGACCACUACCAUCAGCGUCAAUGCAGAGGUGCUCUUCAAACAGGCACUGAGCAGCUCACGUUUCAAAAACACACCAGAGAAUAUCAUGAACACUCCUGACUACCUGUAUGACAAGCAGCGUCACGGAGAAAAAGCACAGAACCACUGCAGUUCCCUUCCUCCUCUCCUGAAUAAAGGUCAGCACCCUCACAGUACUGCCAGUGAGACCUCGGAAAAGAGCUGGAUGGAUGACUACGAUUACGUUCACUUACAGGGCAAAGAAGAGUUUGAAAGGCAGCAGAGGGAACUGCUGGAAAAAGAAAAUAUCAUGAAGCAGAGCAAAAUGGAGCUAGAGCACCAUCAGAUCAAUCAGUUUCAACGCCUGGAGCAAGAGAUCACAAAGCCAGUAGAGAAUGACAUCUCCAAAUGGAAGCCACCUCAAGCUCUCCAGACUGCAACCAGCACUGCCACCUCCCAUGACAGCCAGCUGCUUUUAUUCUAUUCUGACCAAUGCGAGACCCACUUCAACAUCCUCCUCAACGCCAUCGACGCCUUUUUCAGUUGCGUCAGCGCUUCUCAGCCCCCCCGGAUCUUCGUGGCUCACAGCAAAUUUGUCAUCCUGAGCGCUCACAAACUCGUGUUCAUUGGGGACAUGCUCACCAGGCAAGUGACGACUCAGGACAUAUGCAACAAGGUGAUGAACUCCAGCAACCAGUUGUGUGAACUGCUGAAGAGUGUCGUUCAGGCUACCAAGACGGCUGCCUUGCAGUACCCCAACACAGCAGCCCUGCAGAAGAUGGUGGACCGAGUCACGGAGCUGUCUCGUCAGGCACAGUUGUUCAAACUCUCACUGGUCCGAAUGGCCUCCUUAUGAAAGCCCAUGGGAGCCAGUCCAUGAGCAGCAAAACAGAAGAGCAAACAAACUGGAGCUAUUUUUGUGUAAAUGUUAUCAUUUUUUAUAUAUAUAUAUAUAUAAUUUUUUUUCAGAUGUUUUUAUGAAAUAUUUCAAAUUCAUUCUUACACAUCAGAGAAUCUAAUGAAAUCAGGGAUCUGGGAAUAUAUCUGGUUCUGUGUUACGUUUCUAAUACACAUUUAGAUUUGUAUACACUGCAUAUAUGUAUAUGUUGCUACAUUCCCUAAAACUUCAAUUAAGCACCUUAAAAAUUAUGCGUCGGGUAAGCAGUGCGUAUCUUUUGUAUAUACUGCCUGUUUCCUCAGUUUAUUUGUUAACUGGAUGCUGCACUCUUCUUGUUCCAUUCCAUCUUGAUUUUGGCACAUGGACUUGGUCGUGAAACCUACUUGUAGCCAUCCAUGAAGCAAGUGUAAUGGUUCUCAUAGAACUCCAUUCCCUUCCUAGAAAUGACUUUCUAUAGGUUAAUUCCAUUAACUUUCACUCUCCUCUUGAUGUUAUUUUGUACAGUUUUGGAUUAUUCUCACUAGCAUAUAUGCACAACUGCAACAAGCAGCAUAUCAAGCAAGGUGUACAGCAUUUGGGAGAAAAGCAUUUUUAGGCCAUAUAAGAAACAAAACCUUCUAAGGAGGAAGGCACAGAUGUAACUAUUUAACAUGUUAUGACAUUCAGAUUUCACUAUUUGUAAUAACUGUGCAACAUGGGAUUUCAAAACGUGGGUGGAUUCCCAGCAAUGUAAAUUCAUACACAUUUACCUUCUUAAGUCCUUGCAUUGGCAAUUAACAAUCAGGCUCAAAAGCCUCAUUUUUUAUGGCCUCAGAGUUAUCCUGAGAGUGUCCCAGGGUCCAUUGGGCACAUCUUUGAGGCUGCAAAUGAGCAAUGUCUCAAAAUUCCAGGCCGUUCCAGAGGGAUUAACAUACAAAUUGUAAUUUGUAUGGAAAGAAAUCAGCUUAAUUUGAAAUACUAGAUAUUUAAACAUCUCUGUAGCAUAUACACAAUUUAAUGGAGAAAUAGCACUUAUUUUUCUAGGACAUGUUCUUGGGAAUUAAUUGCACCUGUUGCAAUUCUGACUUCCCUUCACCUGUUGUUUUGGUUUUUUUUCCAAAUUCUGUAACUUGGGUGCUGGCCCUUCUGCACUACACUGUAGCCAAAAAUAAGCUCCUGUUUUAAUGGGGCCAUUCCAUCAGGAAGUACACACAAUCCCACCCAGGAGUUUUCAGUUUAGACCCUGUAAAAUUGUUAGCAGAGUGGUAGACUCCUUUAGAAAUGUUAUCUAUGCCAGCUUCUCCAAAAUACAUACAAGCUUAUUUGGUGCUCACUGCCUUUUUUGAACCCCCUAAAAUUCAGUCACAGAACCCAUUUGCCCAUGGUCCUCAGACUGAAAACCGUGCUUCACAGUGAGCAAUAGCUCAGGUAAAUUCCAGGCAAUUCUGGCAUUUUUAAAGCUGAAACACUACUGAUUGUGCAAGCACUACUUGCAUAAUCCAAGGUAGUCCCACAUGGACAUUUUUUGAGCAUGCCUAGAAAGCAGGCACUUCUGCCUAACUUCUCCCUUUCCCAGUUUGUAUCCAAACACGUGCCUUACUGAAAUGGGAUUUGCUGCCUUCGGUAACAAAACCAUUUCAGCAGAGUAUGAAAUCUUGCAACCUUAAUGUCUUGUUUCAGAGUGAAGACUGCUCUCAGCUACCAUAAUGUCACUUCCAGAACCUGCAGAAUGUUCCUGGAAGGGCAGCAGGAGCCAGCACAACCUCAGCUGGACCAGAAUUGGCUCCAAGGCUUAGCUCUGGCCUAACAUUCAGAAAGGGCAGUUAGGAGACCCAUGGCCAGCUGCCAAAAAGCAGUCCACCUGAAACUGUUCUGUACUAGUGUUGUUUGGGAUUCUUUUGAAUUUCCUUGUCCAUUUUUUUCACUGUAUAUUCUUAGAAAGUGAAAAAGUGUUUUGAAGCUUAGUGGUUAUGUUGAUAGCUUGUGCUUUUAAAAGGAGAACCUUUACUUAAGCCUGUAUUACAGUUUGUUGUAUUGUAGAGAGUCAUUUUAAAAUGAUUAAAUGACUAGCU